GCAGUCGUUCGCACGGAAACGGCUGCAGGCUGACCCCGCCCUCGGCCUGUAGCCGCUCCGGGAACCCGGACGGCGUCCGACAGAGGACACACGUCGGAGCGCAGCACCUACUACCACCUGGCUGGGGACAAGUUAUUACUUUGAGUAAUCCUUAAAUGAAGAGUGGGUAAAGCCCAUAUACAGAAGAGAGACUCCAGUCAACAAUAUCAAUAAGUCGAAGAAGAAAAAUGUUGUCCUUAAGCAAUCUACAAAAUAUCAUCUAUAACCCGACAAUCCCCUAUGUCAGUACCAUUACUGAGCAGUUGAAGCCUGGCUCUUUGAUUGUGAUCCGUGGCCAUAUUCCUAAAGAUUCAGAAAGAUUCCAAGUAGACUUUCAGCAUGGCAACAGCCUGAAGCCGAGAGCUGAUGUGGCCUUCCACUUUAACCCUCGCUUCAAAAGGUCCAACUGCAUUGUUUGUAACACACUGACAAAUGAGAAAUGGGGCUGGGAGGAGAUCACCCACGACAUGCCUUUCAGAAAAGAAAAGUCCUUUGAGAUUGUGAUCAUGGUGCUAAAGAACAAAUUCCAGGUGGCUGUGAAUGGAAAGCACAUCCUGCUGUAUGCUCACAGGGUCAACCCAGAGAAGAUAGACACGCUGGGCAUCUACGGCAAAGUGAACAUUCACUCCAUCGGGUUCAGAUUCAGCUCGGAUUUACAGAGUAUGGAAACAUCUACUCUGGGACUGACACAGAUAAGUAAAGAAAAUAUACAAAAGUCUGGCAAGCUGCAUUUGAGCCUGCCAUUUGAAGCAAGGUUGAAUGCCUCCAUGGGCCCUGGACGAACCGUUGUCGUUAAAGGAGAAGUGAAUACAAAUGCCAAAAGCUUUAAUGUUGACCUAGUGGCAGGAAGGUCAAGGGAUAUCGCUCUGCACUUGAACCCACGCCUGAAUGUGAAAGCGUUUGUAAGAAACUCCUUUCUUCAGGAUGCCUGGGGAGAAGAGGAGAGAAACAUUACCUGCUUCCCAUUUAGUUCUGGGAUGUACUUUGAGAUGAUAAUUUACUGUGAUGUCCGAGAGUUCAAGGUUGCGGUAAAUGGUGUGCACAGCCUGGAGUACAAGCACAGAUUUAAAGACCUAAGCAGCAUCGACACACUAGCAGUUGAUGGCGAUAUCCGUUUGCUGGAUGUAAGGAGCUGGUAGCUAUCAUGACUGCCAGAACCCUGGAAAUACAAAAUGGCUUAUCCGAUACUGGCCACGUCAAAUGCAUCUCGCUUUCACCACAUUGUUAUACUGUUAAGUUGAGCUCGCACAACAUCAAGUCCUACUGGUGUUGUCAGGCCUGGCCAUGCAGUGUGGCUACCUCUGAAUUCCCAGGAACAGAUCGGGGCAAUCACAGCUCACUGCCAGCGAGGCUCUGCACACUGGGUCCCUCUUAUAAAACUGCACUCAACAAAUAGAUAUCUAAGUGCCUAAUAUACUACAUAUGCUAGCUGACAGGGAUAGCAAGCGUACUUCCUCUGUACAUUCUCUGAGCUGGCCAGACAUGGCAGUGCCCACAACUUGUGUGGUGCCUGUUUUCUGGCACUCCCGUGUCACUCAACCAGUUUCUGAUGUAGGGUCUUCCUGCUAGCAUUGCAUUUACCCCACUAGGGGCCUUUGCAGUUAAGGUCAGAAAAAUAUACUAAUGAAUGGAAAACACUACUUCCCCAGUAAUCCUGUCAUAAUCAACAUUCUGUCAUAUCUCAUAACUGAAGACUGCAUAACAUUUAUUUAGCUCUCACUGCUUUAAACUUUAUAAAAUACAUGAUGCUGAACACAGCAGAAAAAUCGAGGCCCAAACCCUGAAUUCUGACAAGUGUUCUGCUCCAGGCAGAUUUCUGCUGCUUGAUUGGCAGAUUAAGUCCAGGGUGUCUGUGGCAAAGUGCGGUAGAAGUUUAUAGUUUGAAAAACCCUCUUGGGUAACGAACAUCAAGGUAUACAGUGAGUAUAUAAAACAGGCACUGUCAGAGCAAAGCCCAUCCAGGAGGGCAGUGUGAGCUGCUGUGGAGACCAGCCCUCGUGCCUUUGGGUCUGAAGAUGUCGGCACAUCAGCGAGGUCAAGCACCGCUCUGCCUGCUAAGUCGACUUGUAUUAGCAGAUACAGCUUCUGUACUCCUGUAACCUCCAGGAUUUGACUUUCUUCACUGGUUGUCACAGAUGUCAAAGGUUGUCUGUUGGGAGGGGGAAGUGUUACUUUCAUCAGGUCAUUGUAUGAUAUUAAACCACAGGAUAGCAUUCUGCCAGGGUUUAGGAGUAUUCAGUCAAUCUGCCCAGAUACACGUAGCAUACAUAGGAAAUAACAGCAUCAGCAAUCUUACUUUUUAGGAAGUACUCAAGGCAGCAACUGCUAGUCCUUCAUUUUCAUGCAGAUUUAUUAUGUUUACUCUAAAAAAUUCAUAUGGGGUGGUGGGUGGAACUGGGCAAUUCGUAGGGAGCCCAGAAGGCUCUAGAAUCCCCCAGUUACUUCCUUCAUGCAUUACUGAGAUGUUGGAGGUUGAAAAACCCUCAGUUAAAAAUAAAAGCCCAUUCAUACAAAA